AUGAAGACCGGAGUGAGAGAGAAUGGAGAAGAGCCGGUAGUUGCAGAGUCCGUCAUAAGCAGGCAUCUAAGAGAUCAUCAGAAGGAGGGAGUGCAGUUCAUAUAUUCCCAUCUUCGAGAAGAAAAGGGCGUCAUUUUGGCUGAUGAAAUGGGACUUGGAAAGAGCAUUCAAGCGAUUGUGGCAACAAUGGCCCUUUUGAAACAGCCUAAAAAACCGUUCGCUUUACAGAUUAUCACUGUCGAGCGAGCUUCCGAUAUUACCACCUAUGGCAGUUCGAUCUCCGUUUAUCCUUACCUCAUAAUUAGCUAUGAAAUGGCUUUAAGAUACAUAGAGAAACUGGCAGCAGUUCGAUUUGAUAUCUUAGUAUGUGACGAAGGUCAUCGACUGAAAAACAUCAAUGGGAAAUUGAGGCGUGCUGUGAGUUCGUUGGUAUCGAUAUAG